GAAUUAAGUGUACACUUCGGUGGGACAUUCACUAGUUUAUAGUUAGUUCUUGAUUGACAAUGUCGACGACAGUGCCAACUCCAAACAUCACAGCCCCUACUGGAAUUACUUCAGUAUCAAAUGUAUUUUAUUUUCUGCUUAUCCCGACAAUUCUGCUAUGGUACGCUUACUGGAGGAUCUCCAAGAGACACAUGUUGGAAUUAGCCGCCAAAUUACCGGGACCUCCGGGCUUACCCAUCAUCGGCAACGCUUUAGACUUGAUCGGAAAGCCACACCAGGUCUUCAACCACGUUUACCAGAAAUCGUUUGAAUACCAAAAAGUCGUCAGGCUAUGGGCAGGGACCAAGUUGUUGGUGUUCUUAACCGACCCUCGCGACGUCGAACUGAUUUUAAGCAGUUAUGAACACAUCGACAAAUCCUCCGAGUACAGAUUCUUCAAACCAUGGUUGGGUGAUGGUCUCUUAAUCUCUAGCGGACAAAAAUGGAAAGCUCACCGCAAACUAAUUGCCCCAACUUUCCAUUUAAAUGUUCUCAAGUCGUUCAUCGACUUAUUCAAUGCCAACAGCCGCCAUACUGUUAAAAAGUUGGAAAAAGAAAUUGGAAAGGAAUUUGAUUGUCACGAUUACAUGUCAGAGGCAACGGUAGAAAUUCUAUUAGAAACCGCGAUGGGAGUAAGCAAGAAAACGCAGGACCAAAGUGGCUACGACUACGCACUGGCUGUAAUGAAAAUGUGCGACAUAUUACAUCUUCGUCACACGAAAUUCUGGCUGAGACCUGACGUUAUUUUCAACAGAACGAGUUACGCAAAAUAUCAGGAAAGCCUUAUCAACACCAUUCACAGCCUCACGCGUAAAGUCAUCAAACGCAAACGGGCCGAUUUUGCGAAAGGAAUCCGCGGUUCGACCGCUGAAGUUCCCCUAGAACUACAAACCAAGAGUCAUGAUAAAGUCGAAUCAAAAACUGUGGUUGAAGGGUUGUCGUAUGGGCAAAGCGCCGGCUUGAAGGACGAUCUUGAUGUUGACGACAACGAUAUUGGAGAAAAGAAGAGAAUGGCUUUCUUGGAUUUGAUGAUCGAGGCUUCUCAAAAUGGCGUUGUUAUUAACGACGAAGAAAUCAAGGAACAAGUCGACACAAUUAUGUUUGAAGGACAUGACACGACGGCAGCUGGUAGCAGCUUUUUCUUGUCAGUGAUGGGAGUUCAUCAAGAUAUUCAAGAAAAAGUAGUACAGGAACUGUACGAUAUUUUUGGAGAUUCAGACAGACCUGCCACUUUCGCUGAUACUUUGGAGAUGAAAUUUUUGGAACGUUGUUUGAUGGAAACUUUGCGUAUGUUCCCGCCUGUGCCUGUUAUUGCACGUCAGCUUAAUCAAGAUCUUAAAUUAGUUUCUACCGACUGCAUCGUUCCUGCCGGUUGUACUGUGGUCAUUGCAACUUUCAAAGUUCAUCGUCUGGAAGAAUAUUACCCAAAUCCUGAUAAAUUCGAUCCUGAUAAUUUCCUUCCAGAGCGUACAGCAAACAGACAUUAUUAUUCAUUUAUUCCGUUUAGUGCUGGACCUCGCAGCUGUGUUGGUCGCAAAUAUGCCAUGUUGAAACUGAAAAUUCUUCUUUCUACCAUUCUGAGGAACUAUCGUGUCUACUCAGAUUUAAAAGAAAAAGAUUUCCAACUGCAAGGCGAUAUUAUCCUCAAACGUGCCGAAGGGUUCAGGGUGCGAUUAGAACCAAGAAAAAUGACGAAGGCAUAAUUCUGUUAUAUUUAACAAAAUAUUGAUGUAUUAGCACAAAGCUGUAUAUUUUUAGCACAAAAUGUGGGAUUAUUUAAUUGUGUAGUUUAAGAAUAGAGGUAGUUGACGAACAUUGCAAUUUAAAA